AUGAGGGAGUGCGAGCAAUCAACGGCGUUGAUUAGGAUGGGGUCGGAGGAAUUGAGGGUUUGGAUUGUAAUCAACUGUGGAGGGACUCUUGCUACCAGUCGAUACGCCGUCGUCGAGCCCCUGGCUACCGGUCUAGAAGUCGUCGGAGGGAUUAUUGCUGCCAGUCGUGAAGUCGUCGUUUUUGCUGGUGGGAGACCGGAAAGAAAGAUGUGA